AUGGGAAUCCAAGGCUUGCUUCCUCUGCUAAAGCCAAUCCAAAAACCCGUUUCGAUUGCUGAAGAUUUUGCCGGUCAGGUUAUUGCAGUGGACGCCUACUGCUGGUUACACAAGGGAGCUUAUGGAUGCGCCAUGGAACUGGUAGAGGGAAAGAAAAGCUUUGUGUAUGUAGCUGCUUUUCUCAUUAAUUUUAGUAACUCUGACAUUUAAACAUAACGGAAAUCUGAAAUCAUUAACAGUCAUUUAGUUGCUAGGAUCGUUUGCCCCCCCCUAGAAUACUGUAUUUAGGGCUCUCCAACACCCCCCCACCCCCAAAUAACUUCCAGUUCUGGUUAACGACAGAUCUGAAAGACUUUGACUUCUUUGAAAAUCCACAGUAAUAGUUAAAGAAAUGAUUUUAGCGUGACUGCAUUGUCAUCCAACCAUCUGUUUUUCAGAUAUGUCAACUAUGUUUUGAAGCGUAUCAACAUGCUGCUACAUUUUAAUGUUAAGCCAAUCUUAGUGUUUGAUGGAUCAUACUUACCUUCCAAGGCAGGUCAAGAGGAACAACGAAGAAAGUAAGUAUGUGACAUUUCAAAUAUAAGGAUCCAGAAAAUAUACAUGUAUUUUGUUUUACUAUUGUACUCGUUGCUCUCCCAGUUUCAACCUAUCUUUGUGUCGUUUGUUGCCGUAGUAUCUUUCUAGUGUUGCUGUUUCAAGGCCAUGUCACUUGUCAGAAAUGUACCCUUACAGGGCCCCCAGUGUUGAUUGAAAAACUGGGGUGCAGCUGAAUAUUUUUUGCUAUUCCCACACUUAAAUUUCAGCCUCUUAAUUUUCUAUUUUCUAGGACAAGACAAGAAAACAAGGCCAAAGGUUUGGCCUUUUUGCGAGCUGGCAACAGACAACAGGCUUUAGAAUGCUUUCAGAAGUGUGUUGAUAUCAGUCCAGAAAUGGCUCUUGAAGUAAUUAAGGUACUGGUGCUGUUAUUUGUCUUUUUGAUUGCUUUUGUAUUCCUGGUACUGUCCACAUAAUCAUGGUCUUCUUCUUCUAACAGUGUUUUUACUAGGGGGCAGUAACAGGUGAUACACAGACAUCUAAUCUUAAAGGAGCGGUGUCACAAAUUUUAUAAAAAUUCUGGCCAUAGAAACUGCCACCAUUUUGACAGAGUGAAACAUAAAAAUAAUCUUACAAAACUUUAAAAGAAGUAUUAACAACACAGCAGAUACAAAAAAGUAGGCAUAAAUGUGCAAACUUGAAUAACUUUUAAAAAAAUGGAUUAAAACUGUGGGUUUUUGAAGACUUGUUAGCCUAACAGUUUUUCAAAGUUCGUUGUUUUUGUUUGUAACAUUUGAUACAGUGCUUAACACUGUAAGUCCCAAUAGUGACAAUCAUCAAUUUUCUUUUAACAAUAUCCAUACAUUGUCAAGAGAAAUUGUUACGAUAAUUAAUCAAAUGAUCACCAAAGAGAAAAUUCUUUGAUCUAUCAUUAAACCCUCUCAACGUAUCUCUAAGGAAAUGUAUGAAUAUCAGUGUGGAGAAUUUGGUUGUGGAUAUUGGGGCUUAAAGGGUUAAGAAGAAUUGACAAUGCUAGUCCCAUCUGCCACUUUAGAUGUGGGAGGGAACCUUGCCCGAGUUUGCUUUUGCAAAGACUUCUGGGAUUGUCAUUGUAGAUGCGCUGACCAGCUAUUGGCCAAUUUUUUCCCUGCCUCCAGUGACAGUCAUAUAAGUCUUUUCGACAGUUACUUGGAACAGUUUCCUUCUCAAUUCUAAAGUGGCAAAUUCGUAUCCGCUACUAGUGUAUCUGAAUAGAUAUCUGAAAAGCCCACAUGGCCUGAGAAACAUGCCUGGAUAAAGCUGUAAUUACCAGCAAUACUGACAAGGGCUUAGCAUUAGAGAGGUUUUAAAAGUUUCCUCUUCACUUUUCAUUUACUGUUCAUUAUUUCUAACACAUAAAUAUUUUUAUUAUUAGUUUCAAGCAAUAUUUUACCCAUAAGAAUUGUUUUUAACCAUUUUUAUCUGCUCAUUUUCUAUUUUGAGAAAUUUUCAACUUGAAUCUGACGUUUGCCGUUUUCUGUAUACGUGAAGAUAAAACUCUCUAUUUUCUUUUUAGGAAUGUAGGAAGAAAGGUGUAGACUGCAUUGUAGCACCUUAUGAGGCUGACGCUCAGCUGGCAUAUCUAAUGAAAACUGGGAUCACCUCUGCUGUUAUAUCUGAAGACUCAGAUUUACUUGUAUAUGGAUGCCAAAAGGUAGGCGACCUUAUGUUUAUGAUACGCCCUACAAGUUAUAGAGUUAUUUUUGCUUAAGAUUGCAAUCAGUCUUUCUUUUGCUCGAAAAUCUUUAAGCUAGUGCAGUACGUGAGUAUGCGAGUGGCAAAGCCACAAGCAGUGAGGUGUUGGGCAAAAGGGAGACCGCUCGCAGUCUAUUCUUCCUUGAUUGUUAUAAACCCAAACCUUAGUAAUCUGUAGUUAUCUGUUGCCUGACAUUGGAAGGGGGGGGGGAGGGUGAGGUGUUCUCCUGGUAAAUAAAUUAGGGAUGUAUGGCAUGCUUCCUGAAUUUUGGACAAAAAUAAGUGAUUUUACCAACCUUUCUCAGACCUGAAGCAUCUUUCUCAAAGACAAAUGGUAAAAAUAGAUAAAACAUCCCUGAUCCCAGACUCUUACUUUAUUUUAGAGCCAAACAGCUAAAAACCAUACCUAAUGUUAGACCAUAUGAGGUAAAAAACCACACCCUUCGGAGCCUCACAUACCCAUAUAGCUGAUGUGAUAGACACAGAAGUGCUUGCAUGUUAAUCAUAGAAAAGAUAUGUUUUCAUUUUACUGAUCUGUAAUCUUGUGAGGGUUAGUAUGGAAGGAUUCGACCCUUCUUCCCUCCAUACUUACCUUCACAGGUAAGAAGCACGGUGUACCUUUUUCGAUGUUUUCUGUUGCAAACUACUCAAUAUCAUCAUCAUUAUCAUCAUCAUCAUCAUUUGGCCCUUCUACUUUAGAGGAACCUUGUUGACUUUAAUAAAUGUGCAUGUAUUCUCGUUUUCCAGGUAAUCUUCAAGAUGGAUGCCUAUGGCCAUGGUAUGGCCAUUGAUUUAGCCGAUCUUUCCAAGUUGACAGACCUUAAGCUGCAUGAGUUCACCCAAGAAAAGUUCCGACACAUGUGCAUAUUGUCGGGUUGCGAUUAUUUGCCUUCUGUCAAGGGGAUUGGACUUCACAAGGCUUUGAAACUUCUGAGAAAAUCAUCUUCCGUUGAAAAGGUAGAUGCUUUACCGGUUGAGAGUCCCGAAAGUGAUGUUUUUCGACUGUGAAAGCAUUGAGCUCUAGUUGCUCGGCGUUGGGUAUCAAACGAAAACCGAUUUUUUUUAAUGAAAAUAAAAAGUGGAUUCGAAUCCUGAUUCCUAGGCAAGUGCUUAAGAAUUUGGCUGAUCAACAGUCUUAAAAAGAGUUGCGCAACUUGUAGCGUGUGUUUGUUGACUUUCAGUAUCCUGUUUGACUCGAGCCUUCCCCAGAGUGCUGGCUGGACUCUAACGUAAAUGUAGUGGCAAGAUUCAUUAAAUUCCCUGAUUGUACGAUUCAGUCAUCUCUUGUCCCCAAAUCAAAUGAUAAGCUAUUAAGGAUUUUUGCACUAGAAACGUUAGCACGGUUAUUUUUACUGAAGGAGAUUAAACCCUCUCCCUAUCGCAAACUCAUAAAACUUCCAACAUUUGAUAACUUGUUUCCGCUACUACAACAUCGCUAAAACCCAUGGUCCAAUGACCACGGCUACCACGUUUUCCCGCCAAAAUGACGUUGGCUCACGUGAGCGCACUACUUAGUAUGAGGGAGCUAAAGCAAAGGCGUUUUUGAGCGACACGCGUCAACCAGACGUUAGCCAUUUCAGUUCUCCUUUGAUAUACCUUGAUGCUGACAAAUUUGUGUUGCUAAGUGACUUUACUCUCCUAGAGAAGAUUUAGCCAAAACUUUGGUCAGGAUCACAGCCCAAGAAUACAAAAAGGCUACUUCCGGUUGACUUGUAUCCCUCAAGAACGUCGUUGCCUGAAGUCCCUAUUGAGAAAAUCUCGUCGUCGUAGUCCUCCUUCUCUUAGAACCUAAAGGUCUCUAUAGUCCUCUAUUGACGGGAAGAGUAAAAGGCUUUUGUAAGGGCUUAUUCAUUGUCAUGAACCAUUCUAUUUUAUAUUUUCCAGGCGAUACGAUCCCUGAGACUAGACGCCAAGAUGCAGGUCCCUGCAGACUAUGAAAAGAGUUUCAAACAAGCAGACGAAACUUUUCUGUAUCAGCUAGUUUUUGAUCCCAUCUCCAAGAAGCUGGUUCCAUUGAACGAGCUACCAGAAGGCAUAGAACUUGGUGAUCUAGAGUUUGCCGGACCGUAUCCUCGUAUAUCUUUUAUAUAAUAUAUAAAUUUAGCUAAGGCUAAAAGCGAAGCGUCCAUUUAUAUACUUUUAAUUACUUAAAACCAAAAAAUAUAAACCAAUCUGUUGUUUUAUCUGAGAUUCGAUUUCCGUCGUGAUUUAGUACUGAAACACGACAUUAUCUGUAAAAAUUGUUACACUAGCUGCAUGUUGUUAGUCGACAAGCCGCGAAUGAGACGAACCAAUUUCUUGUUUAGUUUUUAGUGGGAGGGGGUGUUGGUGUUGAGAAGGGCUGUGGUGUGUAUUUGGUAUAUAAGGGUGAGGGACGAAGUCAUCUUAGCUGGAGUUACUAAAUUGUGUGUACCAGUCAUGUGAAUGUGUACAAUUUUUUAUGGAGGCUUUGUGUUUGAAAGUAUUAUUGUUAGAUCCUUAACAGAUGAAAGAUUGAUGUCUAGAGAGAAAGCGCUCGGAAUUGCCCUGGGUAACAUCAAUCCCAUCACAGGGGAAGUGAUAGCGAAUUUCAGCUCGUGUAAAACCAAGGUAUCGAAUUCACUUCUCGAUAAUGACGAGACCGACUACGAGUACGAGAUUUUCUCAAUUCUGAGUUGUGCUCGCGCGUGAACCAGCGUCAUUUUGGCGGGAAAACGUGAUAGCCGCCGCCAUUCUACUACGAUUUUUAGCGAGAAUGUCGUAGUAGCGAAAACAAGUUACCAAAUGUUGGAAGUUUUAUCAUUGUACGAUCGGGAUAGGGCUUAACCUCCUUCAAUAAAGAUAACAGUGCUUACGUAAGUACAGUGAAGCUUUCCGGGGUGCCUUUUUUUUGAGAAUACGCGAAAAAACUUUCAUUCAAAUCUCGUACUCGUAGUGGUCCUCGUCUUCGAAUCUAAAGCUUUCUAAUCUGCUCAAUUCACUUGAAGUGUAGCAAGCCCUUUGUUGCUUGCCUGUGAUUGGUUGAUUUUGGUCCCCGUUUUCCAGUGAAGACGAGUUUGUUCUUUAGUGUUCUAUGGUCGUGCUGAUCGGCCCUUGAGUUCUGGAUAGUAGGAAUGUAUUUGAUUCUUCAGCCAUUUUAGUUCCGUUAUCCCUGUUCGUGUUGCUCAACAGGGCCAAAAAAUCGCUUAUCGAAGCGGAGAUGACUUUAAAGCAACAAGUACUUUGAAUAACCAAAGUUCCAUAAAGCAGAUGUGUUCGGACAUCUCUUCGGAAACUGAAGACCGGCCCCUGUGGUUCUUUUCUCGUAAACGACCACCUCCCGUAAGCGACCACUUAGUCUUCGCAUUUUGGGUGGUCGCUUACUGGAGUUUCGACGGUAUGCAACACUUUCGAUUCUGCUUUUUUUUCAGGUCUUAGAUCUUGGGUCUGAUGGUAAAUCUGGUGAUGACGUAGAUAUUGAAUCCGAUUCUCUCACACCAGUCACCACGUCAUCGUUUGGUCACUCGGUCAUGAGCAAACUAGAAACGUUAGCACGGUUAUUUUUACUGAAGGAGAUUAAACCCUCUCCCUAUCGCAAACUCAUAAAACUUCCAACAUUUGAUAACUUGUUUCCGCUACUACAACAUCGCUAAAACUCAUGGUCCAAUGACCACAGCUACCACGUUUUCCCGCCAAAAUGACGCUGGCUCACAUGAGCGCACUACUUAGUAUGAGGGAGCUAAAAGCAAAGGCGUUUUUGAGCGACACGCGUCAACCAGACGUUAGCCAUUUCAGUUCUCCUUUGAUGUACCUUGAUGCUGACAAAUUUGUGUUGCUAAGUGACUUUACUCUCAUAGAGAAGAUUUAGCCAAAACUUUGGUCAGAAUCACGGCCCAAGAAUACAAAAAGGCUACUUCCCGUUUACCUGCGUCGCUCAAAAACGUCGUUGCCUGAAGUCCCUCGUCGUCGUAGUCCUCCUUCUCUUGGAAUCUAAAGGUCUCUGUGGUCCUCUAUUGACGAGAAGAGUUUAAGGCUUUUGUAAGGGCUUAUUCAUUGUCAUGAACCAUUCUAUUUUAUCUUUCCCAGGCGAUACGAUCCCUGAGACUAGACGCCAAGAUGCAGGUCCCUGCAGACUAUGAAAAGAGUUUCAAACAAGCAGACGAAACUUUUCUGUAUCAGCUAGUUUUUGAUCCCAUCUCCAAGAAGCUGGUUUCAUUGAACGAGCUACCAGAAGGCAUAGAACUUGGUGAUCUGGAGUUUGCUGGACCGUAUCCUCGUAUAUCUUUUAUGUAAUAUAUAGAUUUAGCCAAGGCUAAAAACGAAGCGUCCAUUUAUAUACUUUUAAUUACUUAAAACCAAAAAAAUAUAAACCAAUCUGUUGUUUUAUCUGAGAUUCGAUUUCCUUCGUGAUUUAGUACUGAAACACUACAUUAUCUGUAAAAAUUGUUACACUAGCUGCAUGUUGUUAGUCGCGAACGAGAAGAACCAAUUUCUUGUUUAUUUUUCAGUGGGAGGGGGUGUUGGUGUUGAGAAGGGCUGUGGUGUGUAUUCGGUAUAUAAGGAUGAGGGACGAAGUCAUUUUAGCUCGAGUUACUAAAUUGUGUGUACCAGUCAUGUGAAUGUGUACAAAUUUGUGGAGGCUUUGUGUUUGAAUUGUUAGAUCAUUAACAGAUGAAAGAUUGAUGUCUAGAGAGAAAGCGCUCGGAAUUGCACUAGGUAACAUCAACCCCAUCACAGGGGAAGUGAUAGCGAAUUUCAGCCCGUGUAAAACCAAGGUAUCGAAUUCACUUCUCGAUAAUGACGAGACCGACUACGAAUACGAGAUUUUCUCAAUUCUGAGUUGUGCUCGCGCGUGAACCAGCGUCAUUUUGGCGGGAAAACGUGAUAGGCGUCGUCAUUCUACUACGAAUUUUAGCAAAAAUGUCGUAGUGGCACAAACAAGUUACCAAAUGUUAUAAGUUUUAUCAUUGUACGAUCGGGAGAAGGCUUAACCUCCUUCAAGAAAGAUAACAGUACUUAGGUUUCCAGUGAAUCAAAAGUACAAGGAAGCUUUCCGGAGUGUCUGUUUUUUGAGAAUACGCGAAAAAACUUUCAUUCAAAUCUCGUACUCGUAGUGGUCCUCGUCUUCGAAUCUAAAGCUCUCUAAUCUGCUCAAUUCACUUGUAACCUGCGUAGCUUUCUUGCGCCCACUACUACUAAGCGCCUGCUACGCAGGCUAUUCACUUGAAGUGUAGCAAACCCUUUGUUGCUUGCCUGUGAUUGGUUGAUUUUGUUCCCCGUUUUCCAGUGAAGACGAGUUUUUUCUUUAGUGUUCUAUGAUUGUACUGAUCGGCUCUUGAGGCUUGAGAUUUGGAUAGUAGGAAUUUAUUUGAUUCUUCAGCCAUUUUAGUUCCGUUAUCCCUGUUCAUGUUGCUCAACAGGACCAAAAAAAUCGCUUAUCGAAGCGGAGAUGACUUAAAAGCAACAAGUACUUUGAAUAACCAAAGUUCCAUAAAGUAGAUGUGUUCGGACAUCUUUUCGGAAACUGAAGACCGGCCCCUGUGGUUCUUUUCUCGUAAGCGACCACCUACCGUUAGCGACCACUAAGUCUUCGCAUUUUGGGUGGUCGCUUAUUGGAGUUUCGACGGUAUCCAACACUUUCGAUUCUGCUUUUUUUUUCAGGUCUUAGAUCUUGGGUCUGAUGGUAAAUCUGGUGACGACGUAGAUAUUGAAUCCGAUUCUCUCACCCCAGUCACCACGUCAUCGUUUGGUCACUCGGUCAUGAGCAAGAGAGGGAAAACUGGAUACGACGUUCAGAAAAACCUCUCCGGACUGCUGCUUAAUUCACAACAGUCUGUCAAAACAAAGAAGCCUUUCAUGCCACCAGGCCAGAAAAGAAAAGCUGCAGAGGACGCUGUGGACGAUGAUUCACUCGUCAACAUGUACACCGCUCUUAAGCCUAGGCCAUUGUUAACACGGGCGCCAUCAAACGUUGAACGCAAGGGAUCAAGUACGCUGGGUCAUGGCCUUAAGAGAGCAAAGUUCAAGAAUCCAUUUAAAGUCAAUGGUCAAGAUAUGGAGUCAAAAGGCAAAACAGAAUUCAGCAGGUAGGUGUGGCCAGUUUGGUCUAAAAGUAAGGAGCGUGCCCCUGGGUGCCCGGGCCCCUGGGUGCCGGGUGCCCGGGUCCCCGCCCACCCUUUCUUAGAUUCGCUCGUGGAAGGGUAUCACUUAGUGCGGUAUGAUCAUCAUCUGAUCGCUAAAUGAGGACAUUUCACAGUUUUUCGUCUUCUCUGAUCCACAUCUAAACAGAAACAUAGUGGAUAUAUUUGUUUUAUUCAAUAAUAAUGGAGAAACUGGCCUCGCAGCACUGGAUCGUGACUGUUCAGGGAAAGUCACCGAAAGUACCCUUUGCCUCUUUCUUGCUUGUAAUCAUCAUCUGAUAAACAUUCUUUAAAGCUUUCACUUGUUUAAUCCAGAGUAAUCUUAGUUAUUCUUAACAUUUUUACACGUAUGCGCCGUUUUGAACAAACUAAGAAAAGAAUUCCUCGAUCUCGUCAGUCGUGUGUCUGUAUACCCAAAUAGUCCGUAAGCAAAGAGCAAUCUGAAUCAAACGCGCGUAGUAUUCACUGCAGUGUAUGGCAAGUUCUAUUGGAUUCAUCUCGUUGUUGAACUUGUUUCUUAAAAGGUAUUUUAAUCUCGCUGGAAGCCCUGAACAUAAGGAGCAAAUCGGAGAUAAUGAGGUGACGAAUUCGGAAUGUCAAGAUGAGGACGAGGCAAGCACUGUUAGUGCAGGGGAUCCUGGGGCUGUACUUACUUUGUUAAAAGAAAACACGGCGGAUGAUUCUUGCGGUAACGAAGUGGGGAGCGGAAGUAACGAUGAGGGCGAUAUUGAGGAAAACAAAGAGAAUGAGUUUCAUUCUUGUGAAGUGUCUUCCAGCCGUGAGCGUCUUUCAGUGAAAAAACUCGAGGGGAGUCAAGAAAGCGACUCGUCACAGAGAAUCUCAGAGACUUCUUCAAAGCUACAGAAACAAAGUAUUUUGAGAAACCACUCUUUAAAUACUCAGACUGGAAACAAAAGCUUGGGCGAACUUUUUGGUUAUAAACCAACUGUUAAAAAAAGAAGACUGGAUGAUUACAAGUCAGUUCCCUUACAAGAAAUUGCGAAUGAGAAAACUGGUAUUCCUGUACCGCCGGUUGAGAUUAUAGAUAUUGACAGCGGAUACUUGUCAGAUACAGAGCAGAGUACGGAUGGGGACACACCUACCCCUACACCGUCAGCUGUCGCGCACUUAACUCCACUCUCCUCGGGAAGAAGUUUGCCUCUUAGCCAAGGCAGCGCCGUUGGGACCAAGGUAUGCUGUGUAUUUUGUUUGUUCUAAAGAUUCACACCUUUUUAACUGCUGUUAUGACUGAAUAGCAAAUAAAAUGAUAUGUGGGGAGAAAAGAACUCAGAAACAUUCUUGACUGAGUUCCAGAUGCGAAUUAAACAGCCAAGAUCUUCCAGACACUAGUCGGAUGCUCUAACCACUAAGCUAUCGAGAACUUUAAUGAUGAGCAGGUCAUUUGUGGGCUGACACAACGAGCGCCUCGCGCAGUCGCAGUAUGUCAAUUGAUCACAAGAAUUAACUGCAUCACGUAGUGACAUAAAUACUCUCUGAGCAAUAAAUAAUAGAUAGAAUGAUAUGUGUGAGGAGAAAAGAACUCUGAGUUCCAGAUUCCGCAAACUAGUCAGGACUGAAGCAUGAUGAUCUUUUAUAUAUCUACCUCGCUAUAUCCAUAUCUACCUCCUUACAUUCAUUCUAACUCGAUUAGACAGCAACCGUCGAACUGCGGUUAUAAACCAAACACUGCAGACAUUUCCCUUACAAGCCCAUUGUACAGUGUCUUUGUAUCUUUAAAAAAUGUUUUGAUUUGUACACAGGUUUUGCCUCUAUUUCUUUUUCUCUUUUUUCUAGACAAUGAAGAAACAGAUUCGGCUGAAUUCGAAACCAGGUACGACUAUUGUACGUUCAAGAAAUUAUAAGGGGAAUAGGUACAAGCUUUCGGCGCAAUGAUUUCUGGGAUGGUUUUUGUGGAGAAGCGUUAGUUAUGAUUGGUUAAUCGUUGCCUUGAAUACCAUCGACCAAUCAUAACUAACGCUUUUAUCAUCCCAGAAAUCACUGCACCCAAAGCUUGUACCCAUUCUCCGUAGAAUUUCCGAAGUUCAAUCUUCCUUACUUUGUUUAGAGACCCGUGAAUUAUCACAAAGAAGAAUUCCGGUCCACUGGCCCGAUAGGGAGAUCACACAAUCACUAUGGCGAAGACAGCGAGAAAGUCGAAAAAACAAUCUCAAUCUGCGGGCAUCACACUUUUUGGUACAUUUCGUCGCCGUCGUCUUCGCUGCACGACUGCGACGUGAGAGGUCGGGAUUUGACGAUGGCUGUCACGUGUUUCCCGCCAAAAUGACACUGUUACACUCGUGCACACUACUGAGUAUUGAGAAAAUCUCGUUGUCGUAGUCGUCCUCGUCUUUAUGAAGGACGUAAACACAAGACGACGAUUUCCACCUCCUUCUUCUUAACUUGGAUACUGUCCUUAAGAAUACAACACCAGAAAAAUUCGCCUACAAUUGCCGUUGUGAUUGCGUAAGAUUCUUAAUGCCGACGAUCGUUUGUUUAUUCUUGAAGGAAGUCGCAGCACCGGUCUUGGCAGAUGUCGUUCCAUGGGAAUGUCAAGACCAAAAAAGAAAGCACAGUCAGGUAGUUGCAAUAAGGAAGCGCAAACUCCUACAGUUUCCUCGACAUUGUUUAAGUAUUUUGAAUACGAGAAAAGAAAGGGACCCAAAGUGAAUGAAUUCACGCAAUGA